AUGACUUACCCAGUUCGGAAUGCUACGGAAUCACCAGAAAAACUUAACAGCAGUGUACCUAGGAAUGCCACAGAUUCUCUAGAAAAACCUGACAGCUGUGUACCUGGAAGUGCUACAGAUUCUUCAGAGAAACCUGACAGCAGUGUACCCGGGAAUGCCACAUAUUCUCCAGAGAAACUUGACAGCAGUGUACCUGAGAAUGCCACAUAUUCUCCAGAGAAACUUGACAGCAGUGUACCUGAGAAUGCCACAGAUUCUCCAGAGAAACUUGACAGCAGUGUACCUGAGAAUGCCACAUAUUCUCCAGAGAAACUUGACAGCAGUGUACCUGAGAAUGACACUGAUCCUCCAGAGAAACUUGACAGCAGUGUACCUGGGAAUGCCAAAGAUUCUCCAGAAAAAGUUGACAGCAGUGUACUUUGGAAUGCCACGGAUUCUUCAGAGAAACCUGACAGCAGUGUACCUUGGAAUGCCAUAUAUUCUCCAGAGAAACUUAACAGCAAUGUACCUGUGAAUGCCACAGAUUCUCCAGAGAAACUUGAGAGCUGUGUACCUGGGAAUGCAAAGGAUUUUCCAGAGAAACCUGACAGCAGUGUACCUUGGAAUGCCACGGAAUCUCCAGAGAAACCUGACAGCUGUGUACCCGGGAAUGCCACUGAUCCUCCAGAGGAACUUGACAGCCGUGUACCUGGGAAUGCCACAGAUUUUCCAGAGAAACGUGACAGCUUUAUACACCAUGAUUUUGUUGGUGAUGAUGAUGAGUUUUCUUUUUCGGAUUCCAAUGAUUCUGAUUAUUCACCUUCAGAAGAUACUGAUCAGGGUGCUAGUGAUACAGAUGACAAUGCAGUUCAUUCCUUGCUACAUUUGAAAGAUUCAUCCAAUCCUCCCGAUUAUGUCAGUGACAGUAAUGAUUCUGAGAGAAGUAUUGUUGUGCCAAUAUCUAUCCCUUUGGAAACUAUCACUGUACAGAAAACCAACUCAGAGAAAGGAAAGCAGAAAUGGGACAAAAAACAUGCAUGCAAAUUUUGUGGAAAAUUGUACCCAAAACUGGCUAGACACUUGGAAACAAUGCACAAAAAUGAAGUUAUUGUAGCUAAGGCUCUUUCCUUACCCAAAAACAGUGCCGAAAGAAAAGAAAUUUGGAAAACAAUAAGAAAUGAAGGAGACUGGGAUCACAACUUCAACGUUCUGAAAAAUGGAACUGGAACAUUAAUACCGAAGUAUAGAGAGCAGAAGACCAGAGCACAUAGUGAAUUUAUACCAUGUAGUGGUUGCAAGGGUUUGUACUCCAAAACUUCAUUGAGUGAUCAUUUUAAGACAUGUGUUAGUAAGCAGACUGAUAAAAAAAAUCAAGGAGUGAAAGAAGGUCGUUUUUUACUACCUAUUCCAGAACAUAUUAAUGGAGGAUUUUACAAAGAUGUUUUAUUAUCCAUGUCUCAAGAUGACAUUUAUAUGUAUAUAUAUCGCGAUCCACUCAUACUGAAAUUUGGAAAGCGCCUGUAUGAAAAUAAGGACAUCCAGGAACAUACAUCUAACCACAUCAGCUGCAGAAUGAGAGAACUAGGCAGACUAAUUGGAGAAGCCAAAAAGACACCUGAAUGGGGUAUCCAGAAGAUUGAGGAUUGUUUUAGUCCUGAGAAAUUUAACAAUGUUGUGUCAUGUGUGAAGUCCCUUGCUGGAUUUAGUGAAGAUACACAUAUGUAUGCAACUCCUUCACUUGCACUGAAAAUAGGGUAUAGUCUUCAACGAUGUGCAAGGAUUUAUAGAUCAGAUGGAAUUAUUGAGUCAGAUAUAACAAAACAAGAGAAUAUAUAA